AGAUUCCACGCUGUUGCUUGGUGUUUUUUCCUCAUGACCUCAGCUUCUGGGUGUGAAAAACGUAAUGGAAACAUCUUACUUUGUGAAGCCCCCCACCACUGCCUGACCCUAUAAGUGGUGGACUGGGCUUAGGAGAACUCAGAUCUCCGAAGUGCAGAAGAGCCUCUUGAGAACAAGUCCAGUCUGAAUUAACUCCACCGAUGAAGAUGAAGUCUAUAUUUCUGGUCAUCGCAGCUCUUCUAUUCACAGCUCUGUUCUCACAGACACUGGGCCAGUUGGGUGUCAACCGGCCAACCGAAUGCUGUCUUUCCCACUCUGCAAGACCAAUUCCUAAAAAAUAUUUACGUCACUAUGUGGAAACUCGAUCAGACUGUUCCAAACCUGGAUUAAUAUUUGUCUUGAAAAGAGGUGCAAAGGUUUGUGUUAACCCAGAGGAUAAAUGGGUUAAGGAUCGCGUUAGAUUCCUUUAUGAACAAUUUAUGAAUAAUAUGAUAUGAAGACACAAGAGAAGAAAUUAAAGGGCAUAUUAUCAAACCUUUUUUUGCAGUCUUUUAAAAUGUGUAAUACAUCUUAAGUAUUGUAAGACAUUUCUUAUGCUCUCUCUUCUUGAUUGUGUAACGUAUGUGGAAUCUUCUUCAAAAUUCCUUUUCCUUUUGUUUUACUGUUAUUCUGUAUGUCCGGCAGCACCUUGAACUGAAAGAGCAGCCUGACUCUUAAAGACAUCAAAAAAAGAAAGAGAAUCGCACUCAGCACCACUCCGAUGAUUACAAACAUCAUAAAAAUGAUAAGGGGCAUUUAAAAAAAAAAAUCAUUUUGAGCCACUUACUCUUUAAUAUAAAUUAUAAAACUGUGUUUAUAAAUAGUAUCCUAGCUUACUGGAUACAAUACCAAGAUUGCCAUUUAAGACCAGUGUGUCUCAAAACAGGGCUUCAACAUUUUUGCAAAUACUGUAAAGGCAUGAUUUAAAACUAUCCUUCAAUGAAAGGCUUGCCGCUGAAGAGAAUUGAAAAGUCAAUAUCAUGGACACAUUCUUUGCUUCUAUAUUUGCUUAAUGCCUUUACCUGGAUACCAAUUGUCCAUGUACAAUAAAAAUAUGUUAAGCAUU